UGGUCCAGAUAUAAAUGCAAGGAUUAAACAAGGCUGGAUGUCAGUUCAUCAAUUGGAUUCAGCUCUGAACCAGCCAAUCUGAACCAGCAACCAUGAACAGGGGCAAGGUUAUCUUCUACGAGGACAGGAACUUCGGGGGUCGCUCAUGGGAGUGCACCGGCGACUGUUCCGACAUGUCCUCCUACCUGAGCCGCUGCCACUCCUGCAGGGUUGAGAGCGGCUGCUGGAUGGUCUACGACCGCCCCAACUACAUGGGAAACCAGUACUUCAUGAGGAGGGGCGAGUACCCUGACUACAUGAGCCAGUGGGGAUUUAACAACUGCAUCAGGUCCUGCCGCAUGAUCCCCAUGCACAGAGGAUCCUACAGAAUGAGGGUCUAUGAGAGGGAGAACUUCAUGGGUCAGAUGGAGGAGAUGACCGAUGACUGUGAUUCCUUCAUGGAGCGCUAUCAGUGGUCCAACGGCUGCAUGUCCUGCAACGUGAUGGACGGCCACUGGCUCAUGUACGAGCAGCCCCACUACAGAGGCAAGAUGUGGUACUUCAGGCCCGGAGAGUACAGGAGCUUCAGGGACUAUGGCGGCAAUAGGUUCAUGAGCAUGAGGCGCAUCGUGGACUCCUGGUAUUAAAACUGGAUUCAAGUCUAUUUUAAAUAAAUAAAUGAAAAUGUGAAGUA